GGUGCAGUGGAGCCAAAAACAAAUCCUGUGACGCCACCAUUCGAAGUUGCAGCACCACCAAAAUUAAAUGUUGUAGGAGGUGAUGUUAGGGAAGCUGGUGGCUCAAACAGCUUCGGAGCAACUGGUGCUUGGGGUUGCUGUCCAAAUGAGAAAAGUGAGGUGCUUGGAGCCGCUGGUGGAUUUUGUGCUGCCGACUGCACAUUACCGAAUAGGCCUCUGUAACAUAAUCAAUCAUAUUUUAGCUCUGAAACUCAACAGUCGCAUAGCAUGGCAUGCAAAACGUACAGAAAACACGAAGGAUUUAUUUGAGCAAUUUAAUACAAUAAGAAUAUACUGUGAGUCUUGCGAGAGCUCCUACACAGCCAAAUUUGCGUAA